CUGUAAACUAGCUAACGUUGGCUAGCCAGAACUUGCAGGAAAAAUAAUACAUAGCAAACAAAUGCAUGUUAGCUAGCUAGGUAACUAGCUAAAAUAUAACGAUGUCUAGUUACAAUGUAGAAAAUGCAAUCAGCUAUUAGUUAACGUUAAUGCGUGCUGCUCAAUAAUAUUACAACGCAUGCUACUAGGUACUGUAGCCAAUUUAGUUGGUUGGCUAACGUUACGGUUUGUUUUCUAUUUCAUGGUUGACAUUAUUUCACCUCGGUGUCUUGUUUAUCACCGUUGGCUAACUAGUUAGAUGUCAUCCCACAAUCGAGCUGCCAAUUUGUAAGCGAUAUAAUUAGCUCUUUCAUGCCAUUAUAUGAGUAACUAGCUAGAUAGCUGGCUAACGUUAGACACGACUUGCUCUUCUCUGUCGGUAACGUUAAUUGGCUAACGUUAGUAACUUACCUAACGGACGUUAGUUGCGUGCGUUGUAGCUAGAAAGCUAUCGUUACCUGGCUAUGUUAGCUUCCUCGACGUAGCUACUUAGCUGGCUAGCUGUAGACCACUGAUGUCUGGCUAACUACACAAUUUUGAUUUAGGUUGCUAGGUAGCUAUGAUAUCAGUUAACUAAAGUUAGUUAGUGAAACAGCUGGCUAGUUACGGGGUGUCUUACCUAGUUGUCAAGAGACUAGCCAUCAGGAUGAGAAUGCCCUGAUGCCGGCUAGUCUACUUGGAUGAGAAUGCCCUGAUUAGGAUUGCACAUUUUGGGGAAUAUUCAGAGGUGUACUUUUUCCGUGUGAAUUAACGAAAAUAUAUGCACAUUAAUAUUAAUACAAUUUAAAUUGGAUGUUUUUAGCAUUGGAUAUAUUUACCAUAUCAUAUGGAGACAAACAUAAACAUUUUACCGUAUCAUAAGUAAACAUAAUUGCAAAUGAUUAAAUCCUUCCAAUAGAAAAACCCCCCAAACAAUUUAGUUCCCGAAUUGAACUUUAAUUAAAUGAGUUGACUCUUCAUAUGGGAUGUAUUUGUCAGCCUGUUGUGUGUGUUCCCAAACAAGGACCAGUUGCGCUCUGAGGUGGCUGAUGUUGUUGGGAUUUGGAGGAUGAUGGAGGCAACAAGGGAAAGAGCCUCAGAUCCACAGAGUCCCUUCCACCAGGUGGCUGAUGAGAUAUGUUGGCACGACUGCCAUAUUGCAUCUCCAUCCCAAAGCCCUUGCUUGGAAGUGUACUUCUCCAGACAGCCAAGAACCAUGCCCUCAUCCAGGCCAAGGUGGUGAGACACAGUGGUGAUGACACCAUAGGCACUGUUAAUCUCUGCACCAGACAGGAUGCUCUUGCCAGCAUACUUGGGGACCAACAUGUACACUGCGGCGUGUAUGGGCUUCAGGCAGAAGUCUUCACGCUUUUUGAUGUAUUUCAGAACUACAGUUUCCUCUGCGUGGAGCAACAGUGAAGUGGGCAGGGCAGUACAGAUUUCUAUUCUUACAUCUGCAAGCAGAGUCUGAACAUCACAGGAUGGCAUUGUCUCCCUCAAUCUGUGCGAUGGCUACUUCUAUAGGUUUCAGGAUUUUCGGGCUGCUUAACACACUCUCCCUAAAUACAUCAUCCAGGAGGAUACUCUUGAUGGGGCUGUCCAUCGGCAGACUGUGAUAUGGCCAUUCCUUGGAGAGACUCCUUCCCCUCCAGGAUGACAACACCACCCCAACGGGUGUUGCUGGGCAGCUUCAAUGUGGUGCUCUUAUUCUGCUCACUUUGCUUGCUCCAGCUAACUAUGGAGCCCUCCGACCAACAGACAGGCCCAGACUCUGGCUCUCAGGAGGUCAACCCUGUGUACCUACAGCAGCUUCGAGAGCUGGACAUCCCAGAGGAGGCUGCCAAGCAGGCACUCUUGCACACCCGAAAUGUGUCUGCUGAGGAGGCUGCCAUGUACUACUUCAACAAGCUGGAGAAUGAGGAAGGAGACGACGACCUCAUGUUCAAGAUGGUGUUUGUGGUGAACAUGGACCUGGCCAUGGGUGUGGGAAAGGUGGCUGCGCAGGUGGGCCAUGCGGCCGUAGGGCUUUACCAGGCCCUGCAGGAGAAGAACAGCUGGAGGGAGAUGGCCUGGAAGUGGGACCAUGGCGGGGCGAAGAAGGUGGUGUUGCAGGGGACCAACAUGGCUCACCUUUUGGAGCUGCAGGCCCUGGCAAUGAGCCUUAGCCUGCCCACGUAUCUGGUCCAGGACGCCGGACGCACCCAGGUGGAAGCUGGCUCACGCACCAUCCUGGCCAUCGUUGGGGAAGAGGAUAUGGUGAACAACGUCACUGGAAGUCUGAAGCUGCUCUGAGGGACUUAACCGGCUGUGGAGGUGCAGGGCCAUGUACUGCCACAGGGGCAACCAGCAGAGGGCAGCAUCCCCUAAAAGCAAAAGGGUCUCAACAUGCAAGCGCAUAACAACAUAAAGAAACAAAAAAGAGGAAAAAGGAAACAACCAGACAUGACACCACCACCAAGACGAACACACUCAGCCAUUUUUUUUCUUGUUUCCUGGCCAAUCCACUGACUGGAGAAGAGAUGUACACAGAGCUGCUUAGGUUGAGAGGAAGGGACUGGUUCCCCGAACUGACCAUGUUGAUGGCAGUUUGAACAACUUUUAGUGUCUACUUGUAUCUUUUUUUGAUUAUGGAGUUUUGCUAGUUACGGGAAAGUCCAUUACUAUAUGAGAGAAUCAUAUCCAAUUUUUAUAAAGGUGUAAGUCCAUGACAAUCUUAAUUCCAUCUCCCAAUUUAAGAUAUGAUUUUAGCGUUUGAAAAAAAAUCAAGGAUAGAACCUAGUCUUUUGGUGAUUGUUAAAUACUGUUGUCAUAAAUUCAAGGAGCGAAAUAUGUAAUUGCAAUAUCCUUUUAGAUCCUUUAGGAUACUGCUUGGGAAGAGUGCUUUACUGAUAAUGUUAUACAUCAAAGAAAUAGUAAAGGUAAGGUGUAUAUGUAUACAUUCUCUUCCAAAUACCAUGUCCCUUAUAAUCAAUAACACUACAUACUGAUGUCAAAUGUCCAUCCAUUGCAUUUAUGUGCAUCUGCUUAGGCCAUAUAUAAUGUGGUGUGCCCAUUUGAGAUAAAGGGCUCAUCUUUAUCUGUGCCAUUAUAGCACUUUGGCAGCGCCAUUGAGGCUAGAACCCUUAGGAAUCCCCACCCAGUUGACUACUUUGACUACUUCCAAAUGGCGGAAGCAUGGAAGCCCUCAAUGGUGCUGCCUGUGCUACAGGCUUUAGGCCGCUAGAGGUCUAUCAGUCGCUAUGGGUGUGCCAUCCUCAACAUUUCGCACAAUCACUGUUGGACUUUGUUACAUAAUUUUUGUGGUGUUUUUUACAUUUAUUUUAUUUUUGUGUUUUUGCAAAAAAGGAUACGGUCGACUUGAGGCUCACUGAGUUAUAAUUCCUUGACUGGGGGCUUGGCAGAAAUAACACUGUAUUUGGUGAAUAGGAUUUGAGUGUAAGGAACUCAUUGUAUGGGUCAAAAUAAGUGACAGUGCUGAUGCUUGCACAGUGCCUGAGCGCAUGUACUUUAGCUGACUAUUAUGGAUAAUAGUUUACACAAGUGAAAUAUUUGUGUAACUGCUUUGAGGGUAAAUGUGUUAGCACACUGUAGCUAGCUAGCUAAAUGGUUGCGCUGUGAGUUUUUUUUUAACCAAACCGGUACAUACAUUUUAAGAUGGCGUAGCAAAUACAGGUUAACAUUUGUUAAGGACCGCUUAAAGAAUAAUUGAUUCUUGCACUUACAGUCUUCAACAUUUGACUAACAGAUACCUAGGAUAUAUUGUAUGUUUCUGUUAAAACAACUCUUUGUUCAUUACUAUAAAACAUAAAUUGUAUUUUGUGGGCUUGAGAUUCCAUUUGGGACCAUAAAUGGCUCUGAAGUCUUACUAAAUAUGGAAAAGGCUUAUAUGAAUGAUUUAAAUGGAAAUGACAUGACUUGCAUCUAACAGUUGCUCAAAUGAAAUGUUUUUUUAUUAUUUGUGUUAGAGACCAUGCAAAACCCCAUGGCUGCAUCCAUGUUAAUGUGUUAGGGCUUUGAUACCUUCCUGUGUUACAAGCAUUUGUUCAUAUUAAAACCAAGGAGACAAUUAGAAAUGACGCCUGACCAAGUGAACUGAUUUUUUUUGUUUAUUUUAGUUACGUGAUCCGUAUAACACUUAUGUUUUAUGUGAACAUAUCUACCCCAACACAAUGUCGUAUGGCACAAAAUUACUUUGCUGUUUUGCUUAUUGUAUUAAAACUAUUAAUGUUGGAA